AUGAGCUUUACUUUGCAAGUGUCUGGAAACCUCGUUCCUCUCACUAUCAUCAAAGGUGCCGGUCACGAGUUCAUCCCCCUUCCUCAGGGCGAGAACGCUACUACGGCUGAUUUCCACUCUAUCCGCACCAAGACCGAGUCUCCUGCUCACAUCACAUCCGGCUUCUACAAAAUUGAGGCUGGACCUCAAAGGCCUGCUCAUUACACCUUCGAGGAGUCCAAAUAUGUUCUCAGUGGUCAAAUUGAUAUUUUGGAUGAAGCCACUGGAAUCACACAUCAUUUAGUUCCCGGAGAUUUUGCUUUCUUCCAUGUCGGAUCCAAAGUCAAGUUCUCGACUAAGUCUGCUGGACUUGCUUUUUACGCCGUGACUCGUCCCGUUCGAACUCCCCACCCCAACCUCCUUGACCGAGAAGAAGGUAAGGCACGGCUAUAG